CUUCUGUUGGAUUUGCGGGUUAACGGGGGGAUGUUUUGUUGUUUUCUGCACUGAUGUUUUCUCCAAUGUUCUUUGGGAUUUCAUGUAACCUGGUCAAAACCUUUCAGGUUUCAUCGUUUGAUUCAGAGAGUCACGAUCCUUUACGAUUUCAUGAGGCAUCUAGCAAAUCCCAUAUGACCGGGGCACGAGCAGCCACACCCCUUCGCUGAGGCUCCUCCCACUGCUACUUAACUAUUCGUAGCCCCUCCCCCAACCCAAACCAGAUGAGAGCGCCAAUCCGAGUAAAUUCGGCUAGCGAUUUGUGCUUUUGAUAAAGAGAGCAUCGAGACCUCGGCAGCAAAAGCGCCUUGCACACUUCUAUCAAGUCUCAAUCAAGCGAUUUGGCUGUCAGUGCGGUCAUCGUUAGAAAUCCAAGAGAACGACUAGAUGCAGAGGUCGGCUGAUGAUAGAUACUUCUAGAUCGUCUAAAUCUGCUAGACCUCGGUUCCAAAGAGGGUCGACCUGCAAAGUUGCAAGGUCUCGCUCUCGCUCCCGCUCUCGGUCCAGAGGGAGGAGAUACGGGCGCUCUCGCAGCCGCAGCAGAGGGAGGAGAUCCAGAUCUUUUUCUCCUCGUCGUUCUCGCUCUGGUUCUCCCAGACGCUCCAGAUCUGUGACGUCCAAACGCUCCAGGUCCAGAUCCCGCUCUCGCUCGCGGUCCGGCUCGGCUCCCAGGAGCAGAUCUGGUUCAGCCAGGAGAUCCAAAUCCGGCUCUGCGGCUAGGAGCCGAUCUGCAUCUCGAAGCCCCGCAAGAAGUGAGAGUCCAGAGCGAGACGACUGACGCUCUUCUCAAGAACCUCAGGUUCUCAUCAGACCUUUACUGCAGCACAUAUAAAGAUGUGCGUUUGAUUGUAAGGAAGCUCCAGUGAGGAGCGGAAAAUAUUUUGAGUUGAUUUUUCUGUAGCUGAAGAGGGUUUGUGUGCUUUUGUACCCGUUUUUUUGUGUAGCACACACACACACACACACACACACACACACACUGGUUGGGGUUUUGUAUGUGUGUAUUAAAUGAAGUGAAAAAAACACUUCCCGUCUGAGAGAUUUCUUCACGCUGUUCCAGCAGGUGGCGCUGUCGUUCAGUACUCAAGAGAGAGCUCUGGACCCGUUAUACAGUCUGUGUCUUCCUGUCAUCUGCUCUGUUUCUCAAGUGUCCUUAGCAGCCUGUGAUAUCCCACAAUCCUGCGCGCGCUCUUAUAUUAUUAUAUGUGUGGGUGUGAAUACAAACAGUGAUUUGAAAUUAAAUGAAUUCAUAAAUGUCCGCUGUAACUGUUCUAAUGUUUCAUUCUGACAGUGAAUCGAGGUUUAUUCCUAAAGCUCUCUUGUGUUUGUUCUGGAUCAGAGAUUCACAAACUUUUUCAUCCAUCGAACCUCUUAGAGCUACAGUGUGUCCUUGACGUCCAUAUGAGAUUUUUUAAGUUUGCAUUAUUUAAAUAUUUAAAUCAUUAAUCAACUCGUUGAUGUUGGUUAAUGG